AAGAUAUUCAAUCAAAACAUCACCAUCUGAAAUUUUUCCAUCCUCCAUCAAAAUAGCUCAAUUUUUACAGUCGAAUAGCCAUUUCACCCUUAUCAUAAACCACCCUUCAUCAACGCACCACCAGAAAUGGGUCAAGUGAAGAGCCAAUUCAACGAGGAGGAACUGCAGGACUACGAGGAUCUCACGUACUUCACAAAGAAAGAAAUUCUCUUUGCACAUAAAAAGUUCAAAGCCCUCGCUCCGGAGAAGGUCGGCCACAACAAGAACGCUCGUCUGUCGAUGAACAAAAUUCUCCAAUAUCCGGAACUGCGCGUCAACCCGUUUGGAGACCGAAUCUGCAAGGUAUUCAGUAGUUCGAACAAUGGGGAAAUUUCAUUCGAGGACUUUCUCGACAUGAUGUCGGUAUUUUCCGAUGCGGCACCAAAGUCGGUCAAGGCGGAGCAUGCUUUCAGAAUUUUCGAUUUCGACGGAGACGAUAUGAUAGGGAAGAAUGACCUCCAACAGGUUAUACAGAGGCUCACGGGUUAUAACAAUGCCCUCAACGAAAGCGAUAUCGAUCAACUGAUAACGAAUAUCUUGGAAGAAGCAGAUCUGGAUGACGAUGGAGCUCUGUCCUUCGCUGAAUUCGAGCAUAUUAUUGAUAAAUCCUCCGACUUCACAAACUCCUUUCGCAUUAGACUGUAGGACGACGAAACGUUUAGCUCAACUAUUCAGCCAAAAUACCUUUUGUAAUCUCCUUUUAUAACAAAA